AUUGUUCAUAGGGUUAUCCAAUUUGUUCUUGUUGCUGCUGCUGCAGCCUGAAGAAAAUGUGUGACUUUUAUCAUACAAAAAAUCUAAUAGUCUAAUUUUGAUGUAACUGCACUCCAGGAGGUCAAUUAGGCAUAAUUAGGCUUCACACCUGUCCUCAAUUUGCACCAGCAUAAAGGAAUCACACAGGAGCGGCCCUGAAUUCACAUCCAAAGGAGAGAACGCGUCUGAACCACCUGCCUGAGACCGCAAGCAAUCAUGGUGAAGGAGAAGACUCACAUCAACCUGGUGAUCAUCGGCCAUGUGGACAGUGGCAAGUCCACCACCACUGGCCACCUUGUCUACAAGUGUGGGGGUAUCGACCAACGGAAGCUGGAGAAGUUUGAGAAGGCUGCAGCGCAGAUGGGGAAGAGUUCCUUUAAAUUUGCCUGGGUGCUUGAUAAGCUGAAAGCUGAGCGGGAGCGGGGCAUCACUAUUGACAUUUCCAUGCUGAAAUUUAACACUCAGAAGUACACCAUGACCAUCAUUGAUGCUCCGGGCCACCGUGACUUCAUUAAGAACAUGAUAACGGGCACCUCACAGGCUGACGUAGCCCUCCUGGUGGUGUCGGCGGCCAAAGGAGAGUUUGAAGCGGGCGUGUCCCGCAGCGGCCAGACGAGGGAGCACGCCCUGCUAGCUUACACGCUGGGCGUCAAGCAGAUAAUCGUGUGCGUCAACAAGAUGGACGUGACCGAGCCGCCGUACAGCCAGAAGCGCUUUGACGAGGUGGUCCGGGCCGUGAGCGGCUUCCUCAAAAAAAUCGGCUACGACCCGACCGCCGUACCCUCCAUCCCCAUCUCUGGGUGGACUGGCGAGAACAUGAUCACCGCCACUCAGAGGAUGCCCUGGUUCCAAGGAUGGAAGGUGAGGCGGAGAGAGGGGAAUACAAGUGGGAGAACCCUGCUGGAGGUGCUGGAUUCCAUUCAACCGCCCGUGCGCACCAUCAAUAAACCCUUGCGAUUACCUCUGCAAGAUGUCUACAAGAUAGGAGGGGUCGGGACCGUUCCAGUCGGAAAGAUCGAAACCGGCGUCCUCAAACCCGGCAUGACCCUGAUGUUCUCCCCCGCUAAAGUGACAGCAGAGGUCAAGUCCAUUGAGAUGCACCACCAAGGGCUGGAGACGGCCCUGCCGGGACACAAUGUUGGCUUCAACAUUAAGAAUGUGUCGGUCAAGAACCUGCGGCGAGGCGACGUCGCCGGCAACGCCCAGCAGGACCCGCCCUCGGACGUCAGCAGCUUCGAGGCCCAGGUCAUCAUCCUGAACCAUCCAGGCAAGAUCAAAACGGGCUACUCCCCCGUCCUGGACUGCCACACGGCCCACGUGACCUGUCGCUUCACAGAGUUCAAGGAGAAGCUUGACAGGCGCACGGGCAACAAGCUAGAGGACCACCCCCAGCUGCUCAUGUCUGGGGACGCCGCCACCAUCAAACUGGUCCCCAUCAAGCCCAUGUGUGUGGAGAGCUUCUUCACCUACCCCCCAUUAGGCCGCUUCGCAGCCAGAGACCUGAAGCAAACCGUGGCUGUGGGCGUCAUCAAGUCAGUGGAGAAGGACAAAGGCUCCAAACCUAAAGCCCAAGUGUGUAAAUAAGUUAGCAGUGUUCUGGGAUAGCAUGCCUUUAAAGUCAACUUUUGUUCGUUUUAAAAUGCAGUUUGUGUUGCAGCACAGUGUUUAUGUUAAGUGUUAACGUCUGCAGAAGGUGUAUUUUGAUUUAAAAAAAAAUAUAUAUAUAAAGAGUUGAGACUGGACGACCACAUUAGACUUGGGGUUUUUUUGGGAAGCAAAGGUUCCUAAAUGUUGAAAGGUCCUGGUAAUUUAACACUACAGUAUUAGAAUGCAUUUGAUUAGUAUACAUUUUCUCCCUAAUUGCAUUGCUUUGUCAAAAUGCUCAAGCCUGUUGGUACGAUAUUGCACUGUUUAGUUUGCCCUCUCCUGUAUCAUUCUGCAAAAUGGUGUCCAAACAAAGCCCCCCGCUAAAUAACCCACCACGGGGGCCAAAGAAUUGAGUGGCAGCAAUUUGAUAAAGGUGAGGAAACCAAAUUUGAUCGCGCCAGGAUGUAUAGCAAGUCCGCAUAUCCUGUUAUUAUCCUGUUUAUCCAUGGCUGAGGACUGAACCAGCAACCGUCAGCUUGGUGGACCACUGCGACCCGAGCCAUGCCACCACACGCGGAAUAACAAGAAUGCUACGUGAAAUGUAAAAUGA